AUGUCUUCAGACGCUGCAUCACCUUCAAUCAUGGUUCCAGGCCUCAAGGACACCAUGAAGGCCAUCGACAGAUCUCGCGCAGGCUCGCAGAGCACGUCAGCAGGCUAUGCCCCAUCCAUCUUCUCCGAAGCAGAGUCAUUCGCAACCGCCAACACUUCACCAUCUCAAUACUCCGUGCAAGACGACGACGUUGUCGAUAAGGAGGCGUUUGAGGCCCACACCGACAGCGACAGCGACUUUGAGGAGAUCAGCAAGGAAACUUUUGAGGCAAACGUUGGCAGACGUGACUCAGACAACACCAAGAAUGGAGGCGUGAAGGUCAUCCUCGGCAGCACUCUGGGCGGCAAAGACCCCCUUCACGCCAUGGUGCAGGCCACUGGGCAUGAGCCUAGAUGGUGGGUCGAAGAGCGCCAACGUGAGAGUAAGAUCGACAAGAAACGCAAACGCACUUCCACCAAGAAGACUUCAACCUCAAUGUACAAGCCCGACUACUUCGACGACCUUCCGUACAGCCCUCAGGACUACUUCACCUCCGGCCUUGAUCUGGACUGCGAGCCGGAGGAGACCAGCGAGGAAUUCUGGGAGAAAGUGGGCGAGGCGUUCAAGCUGAACAGCCGGUAUGAGACGGUGGAGGAGCGACGUGAGCAGUUCGAGUACGACUGCUUCGGCUCUCCGCCAGCGACUCCAUCUCCUUCGAGGUUCAACGAUGAGCUGUCUGUUAUGGGGUAG